AUGACAGAUAAAGAAGGAACAGGUGAUGGAGAACAGGAUGACAUCUCGUUUUUGCGGACGGGAGAUAUCGUUGCAAUGACAUGUAUGGCAUCAGCUAGUCGUGAAGGUGUUCUCGGUUCCGAAAGAGUUUGUCUCUGCACCGAAGGCUUCGGCAAUCGGAUGUGUUCAUUGGAAAACGUUUCGGAUAGGGAUCUUCCAGCAGAUAUAUCUAUGUGCAUGCUGUAUAUCGAUAAUGCGUUAUCGGUACGAGCGCUUCAGGAAAUGAUGAGUAAUGAUAAAGAACUGAGAGGAGCAGGUAGUGGUGGAGGUCACAAAACUUUGUUAUAUGGCCAUGCAGUACAACUCAAACAUGUACAAAGUGAAAUGUAUCUGGCUUGCCUGUCAUCAUGCUCAUCGAACGACAAGUUGGCGUUUGACGUUGGCGUACAAGAAAAUAAUGAAGGUGAAGCGUGCUGGUGGACGAUUCAUCCUGCUUCUAAACAACGAUCAGAAGGGGAAAAAGUUCGUGUGGGUGAUGAUGUCAUUUUAGUUUCUGUUGCGACCGAACGAUAUCUGCACAUGACACAUAGCAAAGGAUUCAUGGUUAUUGCAUCAUUUCAUCAAACACUUUGGAAUAUCACUUCUGUGAGUUCAGGAAGCGUACGAAUACGAAAUAUGGGAGCACUCUUUGGGAAUGAUGUCUUACGAUUUUUUCAUGGCAACGAUGAAGUUUUGACGAUACCUGAAAAUUGGAGCGAGCAUCCGCAGCAAAAUAUGGCAAUUUACGAAGGUGGAGCUGCGGUGUCACAAGCCAGAUCACUUUGGCGCAUCGAAUUAAUCCGAAUUAAAUGGCAUGGAGCACUGGUUGGUUGGGAACAACCGUAUUUGGGUGUUAUGGAAAAUGUAAUUCAACUGUACGACAAGGAUAAAGCAGAAUUCGAUACAACUGCUUUCGUCAUGUAUCAAACUAAAGACUUAAAGAAACAGCUGUUGGAAGAAAAAGAAGAAGGAAUGGGUGUUGCAACAAUUCGAUACGGUGAAACAAAUGCUUUUAUUCAGCACAUCAAAACGGAGUUAUGGCUUUCUUAUCAGACAUCGGAAACAACGAAAAAGGGUCUUGGAAAAGUAGAAGAAAAGAAAGCCGUAGCACUAAAAGACGGUCACAUGGACGAUUGCUUCACAUUUUUCAUGGCACUUGAAGAAGAAUCAAAAUCGGCUCGUGUCAUACGAAAAUGUUCAUCGGUACUCAAUCGAUUCUUGAGGGGUAUCGAAGCAUUGCAACGAGAAGGAAAACAAGCACAGGAUUGGAAUCGUGUCGAUUUAAGCGAAGUGCUGAAGCUCAUGGAGGAUCUGAUCGAUUAUUUUGCACAGCCAGAUGAAGAUGAUUUUGAAGCUAGUCAAAAUCGUUUACGUGCUUUGAGGAGUCGCCAAGAUCUCUUUCAAGAAGAAGGUGUCUUGAAUAUGAUUCUAGAUACUAUUGAUAAAUUUUCACAAAUGGAAGCAGUGCGUGAUUUUGCUGGACUUCUUAAUGAGGAUACACAGAUGAUGUGGGAAGAAAUCUCUACUUAUUUGUACCUCCUUGUUGCUGCAAUGAUCAAGGGGAAUCAUUACAACUGCGCACAAUUUGCAUCAGCUCAGCGACUGCAGUGGUUAUUUGGACGACUAUCAAAUCCACAAUCAGCAGAAGGUAUACUAGAUGUACUAUACUGCGUGUUGACUGAAUCACCAGAAGCGCUGAAUAUGAUUAAUGAAAGUCAUAUCAAAUCGGUGAUAUCACUUUUGGAGAAAGUCGGAAGGGAUCCUAAGGUACUUGAUGUCUUAUCAUCACUCUGCGAAGGCAAUGGGAUGGCAGUACGAAGCAGUCAGAAUACAAUUACUCAGUAUUUAUUGCCUGGAAAAGAUCUGUUAUUGCAAACGAAAAUGAGGGAUCAUGUAAGCAGUAUGACACCUAAUAUCUUAGUUGGUGUUGUUGAGGGAAGUUCACAAUUUCGACGAUGGUAUUAUGAAGCUGAAGUUGAACAUAUUGAGCGGAUGACGAAGACAGAACCAUACCUUCGGAUUGGAUGGGCAAAUAGCAUGGGCUAUAAGCCGUUUCCUGGCUCUGGUGAUGGAUGGGGCUGUAUUGGUGUUGGUGAUGAUUAUUAUUCAUAUGGAUUCGAUGGUCGUUGUAUUUAUUGCGCAACUAAAAAACACGUUAUUUGGACUCGAACACUGCAAAAAGGAGAUGUUGUUGGUUGUUUGCUUGAUCUGAAUAUACCAGAAAUAAGCUUCACAGUCAAUGGACAAUCAACUGCUGGGAUGUUUAAAAAUUUCAAUAUUGAUGGAUUUUUCUUUCCGGUUAUGUCCCUUUCUGCCAAAGUCAGUUGUCGCUUCAUGUUCGGUGGUAUAGAAGGACGUUUGCGCUUUGGACCGCCCCCGGGCUUCAGUGCCCUAAUUGAGGCAGCAGCAAAUAAGUUGGAAAUUGGAGAAUGCGUUUCUUUCGGUGAUAUUGCGAAGAAUGUGUAUACAGGUCCUAGCAUCUUACGUCAAAACACGGAACCAUUUGUACCAAAAUUGGUUGACAUCUCGGCCGUUGUACUACCUCACUUUGCAAUGGAAAUACACGAAAAAAUGGCGGAAAAUUUGCAUGAAUUAUGGGCAAUGCGAAAAAUUGAACUUGGCUGGAGUUAUGGAGAGGUAAGGGAUGAGAAAACUCGGCGUCAUCCAUGCCUGACAUCGUUCCAACAACUACCACCGAACGAGAAAGCUUAUAACAUCAAUCUUGCUAUUGACACUAUGAAAACAAUUGAAGCUUUACGAUAUCAUAUGAUCUUAGAUGAACCUCCAGUUCGCUUACGACCUGUACGUCUCCCUCAGAACUAUCAACAAAGCAAUGGAUUUAAACCACAACCUUUGGAUUGUCAUGAAAUUGUUCUUGAUGAUAAUAUGUUUUCAUUAAUUGAUGCAUUGGCCAAAAAUACUCAUAAUGUUUGGGCAAGAGAAAAGAUUCGUCGUGGAUGGACUUUUGGCCUUAAUGAGUUUGUGAAUAUAAGCCAAAAACGAAGUCCACAUUUGGUACCAUACGAAGUAGUCGAUCAGCGAAUCAAAGAAGCUAACAGAGAAUCAGCUACAGAAUUUAUCAAGACCCUGCAAUUGUUCGGAAUUUUUUUGGAAUCGCCUGUUUUAGAACACGAUGAAGGUGCGGAAAAGGAAUUGAAAGUGACAAAAGCAUUUUCGCGCACUUAUCGUGCCGAAGCACUGUAUGCGGUUUCCAGCGGGAAAUGGUACUUUGAAUUUGAAGUGCUCACAUCGGGAUUUAUGAAAGUUGGCUGGAUGGAUAUAAGUGCACAGUCAACGGUUGAUAUUGGAACGGAUGAUAGGUCAUAUGGAUUUGAUGGAUAUUUAGCCCGCAAAUGGCAUCAGGGAGCUGGUACAUAUGGAAGAGAAUGGAAAAUUGGCGAUAUCGUAGGAGCGUUUCUUGAUCUCAGCGAUCAUACAAUAUCAUUUUCAUUGAAUGGCGAACUGCUGUUGGAUCCUUCCGGAUCAGAAAUGGCCUUCGACAAUGUUCUUGUAACAGAUGGAUUUGUGCCAGCAAUGACAUUUAGUGCAGGACAGAGAGCAAAAUUGAAUUUUGGCCAGGACUCAAAUAGCUUGAAAUAUUUCACCACAUGCGGUCUACAAGAGGGAUAUGAGCCAUUUUGUGUCAACAUGUAUCGCCAAAUGCCAAUGUGGUACGCUAAAAGAUUACCUCAAUUUGAAGAUAUUGGAUUAAAUUCAACAAUAGAAGUUUCACGAAUACCGGCAACCGGAAACAAUCCUCCAUGUUUGAAGAUUACGCAGAAAGAGAUUGAUACGGGUGAUAUGACAGCUCAGGAAAAGGCUAAAAUGGAGUAUAUUCGAUUGUCUCUACCUGUGAAAUGUAACGAGAAACUUCAGCCUACAAAGGAUAAGGAGUCAAUAAUGCGUUCUCUGCAUGAGAUUGAAAAACAAUUGGCUGAAGAAGCACAACCUGUACCUACGAUCAGACAUCCAGCUAUCCCCAAAGAAUUUGGUGACGACACUAAAAAAUCACUUGGACGAUCGUUACUGUCAGCUUUCAAACACAGUGCAGAAGAAGAUGAAAGUUCGGCACGCUCAAAACCAAUAUCGUUUGAUGGUGACCAUCAUCUUGCAGAAACAUCUACCAUAAGAAUGUCUGGAAGUAUGCUUGAAUUAUCAAGUACUGGUGAGCAACGAGACGGAAAACACAAACGAGGCGGUUUGAUGGCGAGAUUCCAUCAAAGGAAAAAAGAAGGAAUGUCUAGCGAAAAUAAACGCACCACAGGCAUGCUGGUAGAUGGACAUAUUGUAAGUGUGGACACUAUUUCUGCAGAAAAUAUACCGCCUUCCAUGUCAAAAGAUGACCAGGAUAUGCCUCAAUCAGGUCCUGGACGGUCCCGACGCGGUUUGAUGGGGUCAGAUAAGUGGAAAAAAAAGAACGAAAAAUUUCUGGAGCAUCGGAGACCAUCGAUUGCAGCUCUUGAACAAAGUGUUAUUAUAGACGGAAAUGUUCCAAGCGAUGAUGUGAGGACUAUGAUUGAACUCGGUGAUAAGAUCGAUGAAUUUUACUACGCAAUUCGAAUUUUCCCAGGACAAGAUCCUGCAAAUGUUUGGGUUGGCUGGGUAACACCAAAGUAUCAUUUUUAUGCUGAGCGUUUUAUCACUGGAGAAGCUAUUCGGCGUUGCAAAUACCAGGGAACGAGUGAAAAUGUUAAUGAAGGAGAGAGCUUAGAAUAUCGGAACUGUUAUGUGGUGAACGCCGCAGAGUUGCUACAAUCAGUGCCAGAACCAGGGAAUACUAAAGUAUCCGGCCUGUUGAUCGGUUGUAUCAUUGAUACAUCUGUUGGAGAAUUAUCAUUUUUGGCUUCAAAACAAGACACUGGUUUUCGAUUUAAGCUCGAACCUGGUGCUAUUCUCUAUCCUGCUGCAUUUGUAGCACCUACAAGCGCCGAAGUUUUGCAAUUCGAACUUGGACGAAUAAAGUACACUUUCCCGUUAUCAUCGGCAAUGUUCAAAUCCUCACACAAAAGUUUGUUACCAUUUUGUCCACCACGACUAACGGUUGAGAAAUUAAAUCCCGUUCACUGGGCUCGAGUACCUAAUGAAUGUUUACGAACAACAGCUCUUAAACUUUCUGAUUUUAGAGGUUGGUCUGUUCUGUGUGACGAUCCAGUGCGCAUAAUGUCCAUUUACAUACCGGAAAAGGACACUAGUUAUGACAUUCUGGAAAUGAUUGAGCAUAAUGAUUUGUUGACAUUCCAUCGACAAACUCUCAACCUAUAUUGUAAAUUAGCAGCGCAUGGAAACCAGAAAGUAGCGCAUAUUUUAUGCUCACAUGUUGACGAAGAUCAGAUUCUGUAUGCAGUGAAGAGUCAUUAUCUUUCGGGACCUCUUCGGCAAGGAUUCCACGAUUUCCUUAUAGCCGUUCACUUACGAACAUAUGUUAAUGCACGUCAGUCUACUACCCAUGAAUAUGUUAUUCCAUUAAAGCAAAAUCACGAAAUCAAAAAUGUCUUUCAUCCAGAGAUUGAGGACCGUUUUCCCCAAAUUCUCGGACCGACAAUCUCCAUUCGACCAGUAAUAGUAUGCAGUGAAGUGCGCAGCAAUUUCGGAAUGGACGCGGAAUCAAAGCUUUUACCGCCUGCGUUCAACUUCGUUGCUUUGAAGGCUCAUGUUAUGUCAGCGUUAAGUAGCGCAACCGAACAUGCUGUUAUCAGUUGCAGGGAUUUAAUUGGUGGAAACUGUUUAAAUCAUUUUGAACCACUUUUCAAAUUGUUUAAUGCUCUGUUAGUAAUCGGAAUAUUUGAUGACGAUGAUCUGAAAGAUGUUAUGAAAUUAAUUCAUCCUAUUGCCUUUGAUGAAAAUUAUGUUCCAGGUUUGAAACAAAAAGGUUUGACAGAAAUUGAGUUGGCGGAGGGUGUGAAAAUUCAGCUUACGAUUAUCCUUGAAAAUAUCUGCAACAUCCAACUGAGGCAUCGGGUUGAAUCGUUGGUUUCUUUCGCUGCUGGAUUUGUCAAUGAUUUACAGCAAGAUCAGUUUUCCAGAUAUAUGUCGAUCAAACAGACAAAUAUGACACCAGCUGAAGCAGCCAGGCGUACGAAAGAAUUUCGAUGUCCACCUCGAGAGCAAAUGUUUCGAUUAAUGAAAUGCAAAGCGGUACCGGACGAUAGUAUAGGCAUAAUGUUGGAUGAUGAAACGGAAUACGACCAAUGUCCAAUGAAUGAGACAUUACAGCAACAAUUAAGACAAUUUUGUUCACUGUUAGUGGGCAGAGUAGGAUGCGUUAAGAGUGAAGAGCGUAAUAAGCUCUCAGAGUUGGUGAUUCUGGAAGAAGCCAAUUCAUGGGUGGAUCAGUUAGCUCAGCUUGUUAUUCGGGUACCACCACCAUUCACUGGCGAGGAUAAAAGCAUGAAUCAUAAUGGAACAGAAAGUUUUAGGCUUAUGAUUUGCACAAUGCUGAAGUCUUGGGCAACGUCUUCAGUGAUAGAAAGUAACGAGUUGAUCCGAAAGAUGUUCAGUCUUCUUUUGCGCCAGUAUACUGGUGUUGCUGAGAUGAUGAAGGCUUUGUCGCAAACAUAUGUGUUGCACGAACGUAAUAUAGAGGAUGUACAAGAUUUCAUUGAAAAUUUGGUCCAAGUUCGGGAGCUGCUUAGUGUGCAAUUUGAAAGUGCUGAAGAAGCGAUCCUAAAAAGGGGAUUAUGGAAACUAAUGAACAACCGCAUUUUCUUUCAACAUCCUGAUCUGAUGCGUCUUCUAACAGUGCAUGAAAAUGUAAUGUCCAUUAUGAUGAACGUCCUCACAGCACAACAAGGAGCUACAAAUCAUGGCGAGCAUACAGAACAUGUUGAAAAUAUGGAAGAAAUUGUAAAUGCACAAGAUUCUAAGGAUGCGUCUGAAAUGGUCGUUGCGUGCUCACGUUUCCUAUGUUACUUCUGUCGAACUUCUCGUCAAAAUCAAAAAGCCAUGUUUGAGCAUCUAUCGUUUUUGUUGGAUAACGCAACUAUGCUUCUUGCAAGACCAAGCUUGCGAGGUUCUGUGCCACUUGAUAUUGCAUAUUCGAGCUUCAUGGACAAUAAUGAAUUGGCUUUGGCUUUGAAGGAGGAAGAACUGGAUAAAGUUACAGUAUAUCUUAGCAGGUGUGGAUUGCAGCCAAAUUUAGAAUUGGUCGCUAAAGGUUAUCCAGAUAUUGGUUGGGAUCCAGUGGAAGGUGAACGGUACAUUGACUUCUUGCGAUUCUGUGUUUGGAUCAACGGAGAAAGUGUCGAAGAGAAUGCGAAUUUAGUGAUACGGUUAUUGAUUCGUCGGCCGGAAUGUCUUGGUGUUGCGCUGAAAGGUGAAGGACAAGGACUAUUCUCAGCAUUUAAGGAGGCAAUCGCACUUUCAGAGGAUAUUCGGACGUUGGAAGAGAAUAAGAAUCGUGCUGUCAUCCAUAGUGCGCUAUUGAGAGAACAGCCACAUUAUCCAAACAAAGAGACAGAAGGUGAAGAUUAUGUUGACCUUGGAGCUGCAACGCUGGAUUUCUAUUCUUCGCUCGUUGAUUUGCUCGCUAAAUGUGCUCCCGAUAAAAUUAACAUACAAGCUGGAAAAGGAGACUGUAUGCGAGCCCGCGCUAUAUUGCGUUCAUUGAUUUCGUUGGACGAUUUGGGUCAAAUCCUAGCUUUACGUUUUACUAUACCAAAUUUGAUAACUUCAGUAGCGACAGAUGAUGUUGGACCAUUACCUGGUCUUCUUCCAAAUCAUAAACAGUCAGUUCUCCUAUUCCUGGAUCGUGUUUAUGGUAUCGAUUCACAAGAAAUGCUUUUCCAUUUUCUUGAGAAAAGUUUCCUACCAGAUCUUCGAGCUGCUACGAUGAUGGAUUCGCCAUGCUCUGUGGAAAGUGAUACGGCGUUAGCACUAAAUCGUUAUCUGUGCAACGCUGUGCUACCUUUACUUACCAGUCAUUCAUAUUACUUUGCUGACGCUGAACAUCAUGCUGCACUUCUCGAUACUACGUUGCAUACGGUCUAUAGCAUGAAUCAUCUGCGAUCAUUGACUAAAAAUCAACGUGAUGCGGUAUCAGAUUUUCUGGUUGCCAUCACUCGUGAACUUCCACCACCAAUGAUGGUCAAAUUGAUGCGCAAAGUUAUCAUUGAUAUCCAGGAAAUGGAUGAGAAUCUUUUGGUUCCACUGCGAAUUCUAACACUACAUUACGAACGCUGUACGAAAUAUUAUGGAUCGGGGAAUAUUUAUGGAAUGGCUUCUGAGACAGAAAAGAGAUUAUCCAUGCUACUGUUCUAUGCUAUUUUCGAUUCGCUUGGUAGUAAACAGUAUGAUCCGGAACUAUUUGGGAAAGCUCUUCCGUGUCUGACUGCUAUUGGCUCAGCAAUAUCGCCGGAUUAUACGCUGACGACUACCGGCGACGAUACGGACAGGAUUCAGAAAACAAAAGAUCGCGGAAUCUGGAAUCCGGAUCCGGUUGAUGUCAGUGAAGUUCACUUUGACGAUGACUUGAAGUCAGUAGUAGCCAAAUUUGCAGAACAUUUUCAUGACUCAUGGGCCAGCAGGAAGAUCGAAAAAGGUUGGAAUUACGGUGAGCUGUAUUCACGUCAAGCUCUCACGCAUCCAAGAUUAAAACCUUUUGUAUUCUUGCCCGAUUUCGAAAAAAACUUCUAUCAAGAACGUUGUGCGGAAUGUUUGCGUGCUCUAUUGGUAUGGAAUUACUCGAUUGAAUUAACGGAUCGUGAUGCUGCCGAUAAAGCUAUUCAAAAUAAUACUUCUUUGGGUAGCUCGAUUGAAAAUUUCAAUCCUAAACCAGUGGACUUAUCGAAUAUGACACUGGAAAAAGAUAUGACGGGCAUUGCAGAAAAGAUGGCGGAAGAGUCUCACAAGAUAUGGGCUAAAAAGGUGCUCGCAGAUUUAAAUAGAGGAGGCACUAUGCCACCACAACUUGUGCCAUGGGAUUUGUUGACCGAUUUUGAACGUCGAAAAGAUCGGUUUCGAGCUGCAGAAAUUCUGAAAUUUCUUCAAUACCAUGGAUAUCGCGUUUGGAGUUCAAAUAAGCCUGAGCCAUCCGCGGAACGUGUCAAAAUUGAUAGUGAACGUAGUUCAGUGGAGAAACGAUUUGCAUAUAACUUGCUGAAGAAACUAAUCCAAUAUCUGGAGCAGGCAUCUUUAAAAAUGAAGACAAUUAAGCCUAGUCAGGAGCUCACACGUCAGAACAGUUUUAGGAAAGAAGGCCAAGAUGUGAAGUUCUUCGAAAAAGUAGUAUUACCUUUGAUGCAUGCGUAUUUUAAUGCACAUAAGAAUUAUUUCUUGGCUAAUAGCAGUGUUGUGCAAACCGGAAUGGCUUCCGAUAAGGAAAAAGAAAUGGUUGCAAACUUAUUUUGUCGACUAGCAUCGCUACUUCGCUUUAAAAAUCAUGCUUUCGGAAAUGUUGCAAAGAUAACCGUACGAUGUUUGCAAGGUCUUAUCCAAUCACUUGAUUUGAGAACAUUAGUGAAAAUAAAUUCGGACAUUGUGCGCACCGGUUUAUUGACAUUUUUCAACAAUUGUGCCGAUGAUCUAUUUUCCGCUGUUGAAGAACUUCAAAAUGGUGGACAGUAUUCGUUAUUACGAGGCCAAAAUUUAAAAUCUUGGGUAUCACUAGAAUUCGCCAAUCAGAUGAUUAUUCCUGUACUGACGACGAUGUUUGUACAUUUGGCUAUAAAUCAUUUUGGCAGUGAUUUAUUAUUGGAUGAAAUUCAAGCAGCAUGUUAUAAAAUUCUGGACAGUGCAUAUCUUCUGAAUAGUUUAGCAGCAACUACUUCGCAAAGGAAAUCAAUUGCUUAUGAAAUGGAUAAGCAUCGUCCAGCUCUUGGUCAGUGUCUUGCAGCAUUCGCUGGAUGUUUUCCUGUAGCCUUUUUGGAAGAUAAGUUUAAUAAAAAUAAUAAAUAUUCGUUAUUGGCUAAGUCGCAAGAUCAAUCUGUACAAGUACAAGAAAUGUUGCAAAAUUUGUUGGCACAUAUUCCUCAACUGGAUAAGUUAUUAACGGAAGUGGAGCAAGUGGGACAAUCAGGUGCCAUGUAUCGCGAACAACCAGCUGCUUACGAUGUCGAUUUACCACUUAUUUGUUCUUACUUGACUUACUGGUGGCAGCUUGGCCCCGACAGCAGUAAUCGAUCGACUGUACCAGUCACGGAUGUUGGUAAUGAACACAUCAAUCGAAUUUUCCGUGCACUUCUCCAGAUGAUUCAUAAUCACAUUGGUGUAGAGAAUGCUUCCUGGCUUUGUCGGAUUAAUUUUUUCUCUGUUCAAAUUAUACCAUACGUGAGCUGCGAUGCGGUGAAAGAUUACAUGCUUCCAGUUGCAGAACGCUUAAGGCGCUUGGCGGAAAAAGCAUAUAGAGAAGAGGAACAUAUGCGUACUCAUCCUGAUGAUGCUGAUGAAGGCACGGUUGCUGAGGAUAACGCUCAUCUCGUACGAGAUGUGUACGCCUAUUUCCCAAUUUUAAUGAAAUAUACAGACUUGCAUCGGGCACAGUGGCUAAAAUCACCGUCUUGGGAAACAGACGGUGUUUACGAGAAUGUUGCUAUAAUUUUCAAAAUCUGGUCUCUUUCACAGCAUUUUAAGCGUGAAGAAUUGAAUUUUAUGGCUCAAUAUGAGGAUGAAUCGGUAGCUGGUGGUACUGGUGAAAUGAAAACUGGAAAAGCUGCUAUUGCGGAACGUAAAAAGAAACGGCGUGAAGGACAGAUGCGUAAAGACAAGCAUGCAGGUUCGAUCGUGAUAGCUUGUUUGAAGCGAUUAUUGCCCGUUGGUUUAAAUGUAUUCGGUGGUCGUGAGUUGGACAUAGUGCAACAGGCGAAAGAAAAGUUCUUGGCCAAGGAACCGGAAGAUAAAAUACGUGAACUUGUUCGUUCUCUCCUUGACAUACCAGCUAAGACAGAUCCGACUGAUAAGAAUGCUUGGCAAUUAAAUCUUUAUCGCAAAAUCGGAAAAUCCCAAAUGCGGAAUAAGGAUGUAAUGACGCUCGAUGGAAUAGUCGAUAAAAUAACAAGUAUGGGUCAGGUGGUCGCUAUCCUACACGUUACAGAACAUCCACAAGGCUCGAUGGUUAAUGCUUGGAAGACAAUGUUAUCCAGUCAACGCAAAAGAGCUGUCGUUGCUUGCUUCAGAAUGAUUCCACUCUAUGGAAUUCCGAGACAUCGAGCUAUCAAUUUCUUCCUGCCGGCCUUUAACAAACUUUGGCUGGAAGAUGAAGAUGUUGGACAAGAUGCAUUGAUCAAGGAGCUUACAUUAGAAGAUGAAAAACAAGAACAAGCAUACAGUAAAUCUGGAGAUGAGGACGUGUUAAGUGACGAAAAAGACGAAAAGCCUCAAGCUCUUCCAGACCCACUGAAACAACUAAUUCAGUGCUUCCAACGUGCAGCAACAAGUGAGCAGAGUCAAACGAUCUCCAUUGCUAAUGAUUCACUGUUUGUGAAUUUUGCUCAAGUGAUGUCGAAAUCGAUACACAUCGAAGAUGAGGAUGAAGGCGACGACGAGGGGGAGCUUGAUCAGGCGCAGAAAGAAGAAAUAUCGCAAGCGCUUCGUGCAGAACAAGCAGUUCUGGCAGAUCGCGGGGCAGCAAUAAUGUGUCUCAUGUACUUGUCUGCUAGUAAUGGUGAACCAAGUGAUAUGGUGGCAGAAGCCCUACAACUAGGCAUUCAUCUUCUCAAUGGCGGAAAUAGCAAAAUUCAAGAGAUGUUGAUCGAUUACCUGCAACUAAAAAAGGAUGUUCGCUUCUUCACUUCAUUAGCUGGUUUGAUGAAUAAGUGCAGUGUGCUGAAUCUUGAAAUGUAUGAACGACAAAUCAAGGCUGAGGGUCUUGGUAUGGGUGCUGAAUUAGCUGCUGCUGCUAACCAAAAUCUAAAUGAUUCUGAAUUUACAUGUAGUCUUUUCCGAUUCCUACAGCUAACCUGUGAAGGGCAUAAUUUAGAAUUUCAAAAUUAUCUUCGAGCUCAACCUGGACAUACGACAAGUGUAAAUCUGAUCAACUGUACUGUUGAUUAUUUGCUAAGGUUGCAAGAAUCAGUGAUGGACUUCUAUUGGCACUAUUCAAGCAAGGAUGUAAUUGAUGAGAGUGGAAAGGAGUAUUUCCUGAGGGCUAUUCAUGUGUGUAGUCAGGUAUUCAACACACUUACAGAAAGUAUACAGGGUCCCUGUACUGGAAAUCAGAUGACACUUGCAAACUCUCGUUUGUGGGAUGCUAUCAACGGAUUCUUCUUUCUCUUUGCGCAUAUGAUGGAGAAAUUGUACAAAAAUAGCACGCAGUUGGAAUUAUUAAGAGAAUUUUUAAAUCUGCAGAAGGAUAUGAUUGUAUUGAUGUUAUCUAUGCUUGAGGGAAAUGUACUUAAUGGUUCCAUUGGCAAACAGAUGGUCGAUGCAUUAGUUGAAAGUGAGCAAAAUGUAGAAAUGAUAUUGAAGUUUUCGGAUAUGUUCUUGAAGUUGAAAGAUUUAACAACGUCACAAGCAUUCCAAGAUUUCGAUACAAACCGUGAUGGCUGGAUAUCACCUAAAGAAUUUCAGCGCGCUAUGGAAAGUCAGAAAAUGUACUCCGUUGAGGAAAUAACAUACCUAAUGAUGUGUACAGAUGUGAAUAAUGACGGUAAAGUAGAUUACAUGGAAUUCACAGAACGUUUCCACAAUCCUGCCCGAGAUAUCGGUUUCAACGUAGCUGUACUUCUUACGAAUCUCAAAGAGCAUAUCACGAAUGAUCCACGCCUGGAAAAAAUAAUCAAACAAGCGAGCAGUUUGUUGGAGUAUUUCGAUCCUUAUUUGGGUCGAAUCGAAAUAAUGGGUUCCAGCAAGAAAGUAGAGAAAAUCUAUUUUGAGAUUCAAGAAUCGUGGUUGGAACAAUGGAGUAAGCAACAAAUUAGAGAUUCCAAGAAUUCUUUCCUUUUCAACGUGCUUCAGGAUGAUGGUGGAGAUCAAGGAAAACUGGAGGCAUUUAUUAAUUUUUGUGAAGAUACUAUUUUUGAGAUGCAACAUGCAGCAGAAAUCAGUGCUGGUGAUAUAGCGGAUUCAAAAAUUGAACGAGCAAAGAAACAGCGUGAUUAUUUCCUACAGCAAACUUCAGCUGGCGCACAGAUUUCGGCAACCUUCAAAACUGGAUUCACGUAUGGCGUCAAUGCGGCAAAUGCUUUAAAGCCUGCAAAUGUAAAAAAAAUAUUUAACACAGCUAAUGCUACCCUCAGAUCAAUGACAUGGGCUCAGCUAGUAUUUGCCAUUAUCACUUUAUCAACAAAAGUUUCCGUGAAAGUAGCAAUGUUCAUUUAUCUGGUCAUCUGUACCUUGUUACGAUUUGGUUAUUAUUUGAUGACGCCGGAUCGUGAUGAAUUGGAGGUAGAACAACCUGCAUUAACAAUGCUUGAAAGCGCCGGCAUGCAGCAUACUUCUCCAGUUUGGCCAUCCCUUCAACAGUAUCGUCGUUCCUGUAAUUACGAUGUGUUUGGCGUACGUUUACCACCUACUGAUGCCCAAGCGUCAACAACACUUCAAGCACAAUCAAAGACUGAAGCCACGAUUGCACCGACAUCAGUUCAACAAUCAAAAACCGUUUUGAAACCGUCUGUGGUUGCACAGCAGUGUCCAAGUUUAUAUGAAACCCAAAGCUUUAGUGGCACUGAUGUUCACUAUAAUCAAGCACUUUCACCAACAGUAUCGGAAUAUGGCAUUAACGAUUACUAUGAGCCAAAAAUUGCUGAACAAAUUCCUCCACGUAGCCGAGGAUCGCUUCUUAAUAUGCUGGCUCGUAAUUUCAAAACAAUUGAAAAAACCACACUAUAUUUAGCUUUCUUCAUCAACGUUAUUUUACUCUUUCAUCGGAUACGAAUUUCGGAUAAUGUGACAUCAGUAAAUGAUACCGAUGAUGAUAUGGAAUCAGUUUAUAUCAGUGGAGUGAUACUGCCAUAUACAUCGUAUGAAGUGACCGGAUGGAUGCUAGCACAGUUACUCUACUGGAUAAGCGUUCUGCAUGCUGUGGCAUCAUUUGCUUUGUUGGUAUCGUUUUAUCAAUUAAAGAUCCCACUCAUAACUUUUAAGCGUGAGAAGGAAGUCGCACGGCGUUUAAUGUUCGAUGGCUGUUGGCUUACCGAAGAUGAUGAUGAAGAAAGAAGUUUGACGAAUACUGUCUUCUGGUAUAUCGAUCGUAUUGUUAUUAGCUCCAAAUCAUUUCCCAUGAAAUACUGGGAUAAAUUUGUUCGCCGGAAGACAAGACAAAAGUUUCGUGACCAGACUGAUGAAGAAACAUUAGUCACAGUCUUGGGUGAAGAUAAAUCGGCAACUGACACCUCGUUUGAUUACAGAUAUGCUUGUUGGCUGUGGCUUGGAGUGAUUUUGACAAAUGGACAAUUCUUGUAUCGUGUCCACUAUUUGCUUUGCUCAGCUCUUGGUGUUUUCGUUUCUCCUUUCUUCUAUGCCUUUCACCUGAUAGAUGUGGUACUCUCUUUCCCCAUGUUGAAAGCCAUUUUGCAAUCUGUUACUCAUAAUUUGCAACAGUUAAUUUUGACAAUCAUGAUGACAUUGGUAGUUGUUUAUUUGUAUACUGUGCUAGCAUUUAAUUUCUUUCGCAAGUUUUACGUACAAGAGGGUGAAGGAGAAGAACCACCAGACCGAAAAUGCCAUAACAUGUUGACGUGUUUCAUUUAUCAUUUCUAUGCUGGAGUACGCGCAGGCGGGGGUAUCGGUGAUGAAUUGGAGUCUCCUUACGGUGAUGAUUUGGAAUACUGGCGAAUGCUUUACGAUAUUUCCUUCUUCUUCUUCGUUAUCAUUAUUUUACUUGCCAUUAUGCAAGGCUUAAUUAUCGAUGCAUUUGGUGAAUUGCGUGAUCAACAAGAAUCAGCAACUGAGAAAUUGGAAUCAUCCUGUUUUAUUUGUGAUAUUGGCAAGGAAACAUUUGAUCGAUUGCCGCGUGGCUUCGAGAUACAUACCUCUAAAGAGCACAAUUUCGCUAAUUAUCUGUUUUUCCUCCAACAUUUGGUGAACAAAGAUGAAACAGAAUAUACAGGACAGGAGACAUAUGUUCGAGAGAAAUACGAUAAUCGUGACUGGGAAUUCUUUCCCGUUGGUGAGUGUUUCAUGAAACAGUACGAAGAUCAACUGUUACAAUCUUAA